AAUAUCUAGCAACAGGGAAGAAGAAUCACAUGGUAGUGGAAGACUAUAUCUGCAAUUCACUUCCUCUCUAACCCUCGCUCCUCUCUCCUUCCCCUCCACCAUGACCAUGAAUCUCUCCUCCUCCACCUCCUUAUCUUCCGCCACGCGGAUGUGGAACGCUACGCUCUACGGCGGGUCCCACCCCCAUCCCCAAUUCACUCUCUCGCUUCCCACCCACAAGCUGCACAAGGCGAUCAUCUGCUCCGCCGCUGCGAAGAGCGUCUCUGCCGUGAUUGACCAAGGACUCGGUGAGUCUCGAUUGGAAUUGACCCGAAUUGCAGAUCUCAGUCACGUCUCCGGCGUGCUAGGCUGCCAAUGGGGGGACGAGGGCAAAGGAAAGCUCGUUGAUAUUCUCGCUCAGCACUUCGACAUCGUUGCUCGCUGUCAGGGUGGAGCUAAUGCCGGCCACACAAUUUACAAUUCAGAGGGCAAAAAGUUUGCACUUCAUCUCGUUCCCUCUGGAAUUCUUAAUGAAGAAACAGUCUGUGUGAUUGGUAAUGGAGUUGUGGUGCAUCUGCCAGGGUUCUUUAAGGAAGUGGAUGGGCUUGAAGCCAAUGGAGUCUCUUGCAAAGGAAGAAUACUUGUGUCUGACCGUGCUCACCUGCUGUUUGAUUUUCAUCAAGUUGUGGACGGGCUUAGGGAAGCCGAACUUGCUAAGUCAUUUAUUGGCACCACCAGGAGAGGCAUUGGCCCUUGCUAUUCAAGCAAGGUUAUUCGGAAUGGCUUAAGAGUAAGUGACUUGAGGCAUAUGGAUACAUUUCCUCAGAAGCUAGAUAUUCUAUUAUCUGACGCUGCUUCAAGAUUCAAGGGUUUUUACUAUACCCCUGAAAUGCUCAGGGAACAAGUUGAACAAUAUAAGAGGUUUGCUGAGAGGUUGGAACCUUACAUUACUGAUACUGUGCAUUUCAUGAACGAUGCCAUAUCUCGGAAACAGAAGAUUUUGGUAGAAGGUGGUCAGGCAACCAUGCUGGAUAUAGAUUUUGGAACUUACCCUUUCGUAACUUCUUCUAGUCCAUCUGCUGGAGGAAUCUGCACCGGUCUCGGUAUUGCUCCUAGAGUCCUUGGUGAUCUUAUAGGCGUGGUGAAAGCAUACACAACACGAGUUGGAUCAGGUCCUUUCCCAACAGAAAUACUGGGUAAAGGCGGCGAUCUUCUUAGGUUUGCUGGACAGGAGUUUGGCACCACUACUGGCCGCCCUCGUCGUUGUGGCUGGCUGGACAUAGUUGCACUGAAAUAUUGUUCUCAGAUAAAUGGGUUUUCGUCUCUGAACCUCACCAAACUCGAUGUAUUGUCUGAUCUACCCGAAAUCCAGUUGGGUAUUUCUUACAAGCUACCUGAUGGCUCAAUAGUCAAUUCAUUCCCCGGAGAUCUUCGUCUUCUGGAGCAGAUCCAAGUCGAAUACGAGGUUAUGCCUGGCUGGCAGGUCGAUAUUUCUUCCAUCAGAGAGUACUCGCAGCUACCAAAGGCAGCUCGUGACUACGUAGAGAGGAUAGAAGAGCUCGUAGGUGUACCCGUUCACUACAUAGGCGUCGGACCAGGCCGGGAUGCCCUCAUAUACAAGUAAAGUCUUUUCCUUGUGAAGAGUAAUCUCUCCCUUGGAAAUUUCUGCCACCCUGAUUGAGGGCUGAUUCUCUGAGUUGUUUCAUAAAAAUCUUAAAAAUGUUUGAUUUGCUGACGUGAAAUUUGUGUAGAUUUCUCCUCAAAUUUGUAGUUUGUAUCGUCACAUCCUAAGCUCCGUAAUUAAAGACAGUUUUCAAUCAGCCUUUGAUUGGAAAUUAAUUAGAAAUCAA